UAAACAGCUGGCUAUGGCGUAGAGUUCAUUCUAAAUACAGCUGUUUAAUCAACAACUUCUUAUUUUGCUUACACCUUAUAGAGGGUUGGAAACUAUAGGAAAUAGAUGAAAAAUGGAGAAUUUGGGGAAACUUGAGGAGCAAGUCGUAAAAUCCCAACUUGAUCAAGUGGCUAGACCUCUAGAAUUAGCUGAUGCACUCAAAUCAGUGUUAGGGCAAUCCAUGGAAGAAGUACAAACUGCGAACCAAAACGAUGGUUUUUUCACACCCCAGUCGCAGGAACAGAAAUCAGCAAAGAAACGUGCGUCCGCAGAUAAACAGCAAGUAUAUGGGUACAUGAAAAAGAAGAUUCUUAACCAUUUAGAAAAAAAUAGUUGCAGCUCAAGUAGUGUAAAUGAUGUGAUAGCAGCUUCGAAAUUUAAUAGGGACGUAAUACUCGAAUAUUUAAAUCAGCGAAUGGAAAUGGCUGUAAUGAAUGUGCAUGAAGAGUGUGAGUCGCCAAGUUUUAAGAACAUUGAAGCCUGGUUAGUGCAAUUCAAAAAAUGGAAUUUACCCCAGUCAUGCUUGUAUGAACCUGCUCUAGUUAUGAAUGGCAUUGCAAAUAAUGAGGAUAUUCCCCCAGCAAAUCAAUUGGAAGGUAUAGACCUAAGAUCUGUUUAUAAAUUUCUAGGAAAUGCAUUGAUGGGCUUGCCACAACCAAAAUUAAAUACCAAAACAGCGGAGUUUUUAGCUAAAGAGUUUGAGAUUCUCGUCUCAGAAGCCAACACAAGUGUAGGCGAUGAACACACAGUUCUCUUGCAUAAUAUUUUAGAAGGCUACAAAGAGCUGCCAACUCAUUCUCAAACAGGAAAAUGCAGCAUCGAUCCUUUUUGUAUCGAUGAUGAUAAGAGAUCCCAACAACAAUGAAUUGUGUUAAAAUUAUGAAUAUUCUAAAUAAAGAAGACUGUGUAAAAUUAUAA